GCAUCUGACACCAUGCCCUCCCUGGGGACCAUGUGCAGCCUGCUGCUCUUCAGUGUGCUCUGGGUGGACCUGGCCAUAGCGGGCUCCAGCUUCCUAAGUCCCGAACACCAGAAAGUACAGCAGAGAAAGGAGUCCAAGAAGCCGCCGGCCAAACUGCAGCCCCGAGCCCUAGAAGGCUCCCUUGGCCCAGAAGACACCAGUCAAGUGGAAGAGGCAGAGGAUGAGCUGGAAAUCCGGUUCAAUGCCCCCUUUGAUGUUGGAAUCAAGCUGUCAGGGCCUCAGUACUACCAGCAUGGCCAGGCACUGGGGAAGUUUCUUCAAGAGGUUCUUUGGGAAGACACCAACGGUAAGUCCUUGCCCCACUCAGGUCAUUUCAGUUUCCUUGGAGUCCCAAUUGUGAGCCCAACCUAUGUGUGACACAAGAGAAGUUUUAUUCCCCUAUCCCUGCCUCUCAAAAAGCUUCUAAUUACUUUCCCCAAUGUCUGCCAGAGAGCAGCCUGGGCUGGGAUUUGUGAGUGGCUCGGACGAGGGGUGAGCAGUCUCUGAAUUCCAAGAAGACACUAUGUUCCAAGAACUAGCACAUUAACUACCUCUGGGGCCCC